AUGAAAUUGGCGUCGAUUUUGUCGAGUUUUUUGGCCCUUGGUUCGGUAGCUUUUGCUGCUGGCGAGUCGGCCACUGAAAAUAAAGAAGUUCUUAAAGUGGACGUGCAAUUCCCCGACGAGUACAUUAAGGACUAUGGGGUUGAGCUGAUCAAUGAUGUCGAGACUCCUGUGAAAAUCUAUUUCACUAAUGGAAUGCCUGCUGAAGGUGGAUUACCUUUUGUUCUUGCUGCUGUUGGUGGUUCUGUUUUCGAGAAAGAGAAUCCUGAUAAAGUAUUCACCAACUUGACUAUUGCCAAGAUCGGUCCUGUUAGUAUUGGACCUGGCGAGACUAAAUUGGUCACCCACAGUUUGAAGUUCAACCUGCCUCCUAAGGAGUUCAAUUUGGGCUUUGUGUUCUAUUUGCAACACGAUGAGGAGUUUUUCUCGUUCAAAUUGGACCAGAAAAUGCCUCUUUUCAUUGCCGACCCUCCUAUCUCGUCGUUCGACCCGCGUCUGAUCCUGGUUCAAAUCAUCACCGGAGUCACUGUUGGUUUCAUCGGUUACUUCUUGACCAAGACCUACGUUGCACCUGUCUUUGAUCGUCUCGGCGACAAGAAAAAGAAGCCCGCUCCCGUCAAGAAAGCUGCUGCUCCCGUCGAAAAGGACGAGGCUGCCUCGUCCGGCUACGACGAGUCCUGGAUCCCCGAGCACCAUCUCAAGACCCGUUCGUCCAAGAAAUAA